UGUCGCUGGAAAUCCAUAACGGAGACGCUGGCGACGUCUCAUUCUCCGUGUUGGCUCCAGGAAGGACGGAAGCACACACAUUGAAUUGCUCGAACUUACUUGACUGCCUGCGUGGCUGUACGACUCUCCUUCAUCCUCGAUCUCUGCGCGAGAUAUCCCCCCUUCGACAACAUGGGUGAAAGCUCGUCUUUCUCAACAGGAUUGAUCAUCGGUCCCGUGCUUGCUGCAAUAGUGCUAUUCACUCUAGGGGGAUGGUACCUGCGCCGAUGCAGACGUCACAAACGGGUGAACGGACCCAGAAGCAGCCACAGCCAGAGCACCGAGUAUGUGGACUGCGUACUGACCCCCGAGCUCAUGGCGAUUGUGGCCGAUGGCAGUCGUCGAUCUUCUAGUACAAUGGGGAUCGGCGGCAAGUGGUUCCAUCAUUUGCCACGUAUUACCAGCGUGCCGUCCAUGGAAGUCUUCGAACACCUCAGUACAGGAGGCCCGCUCACUGGUCGAGGCUCUAGCAGUGCUGCCACCACAACUGCCACUGGAUCGUCACCCGUGGCCAAUGGAACUCAACUUCGAUGGCUGGAUAAAUGCGAUUCUAGUGAUAUACUGGCCUGUAAUGCUGCGGCACUGGAGCAGUGUCGUCUGCCUCCGAACUGCGUCGUUGACGGCGAAUUGCUGCAUGAGGGCAGCUUCACGCUGGCGUUCCGUGCAACACUAAGGAUCGAGGGGCAAGCUAAUCGCCAGGUGGUUGUGAGACGACUGCUUCCAGAACUCGCAGAGCAGCAGUCGUACCGUCAAGCGUUCAUGGCGGAUAUUUCGCUCAGUGUUUCGCUCCUACAUCCACGGAUUGUAGCGUUCAUUGGGUUUUACGACCCAACCCAGCGCGUAUACGACCUCGAUUCGCCGACAUCUCCUUCGCACAUUGUACAGCAGUCAGCGCAGCCCUCAGCAGUGACAGAGUACAUGCCUAACGGGGACCUACGUGCUCUUCUUACACUGCGGCCUCGCAAUGCACAAGACUUCGGGUGGUUCCAUUCCGUGUCAGUGCCCAAGACCAAGGCCCAUCUUGCGCUGGAUAUCGUGGAUGCUCUCGUUUACUUGCACUCUCGACCGCCAUCGCUCCACCCUCCACAGCUUAAGGCACAAAGAGUACUAUUAUCUGAGCUUUGUGACGCUAAACUCUGCGCUUUCGGUGUAAAACGCGCCCAAGCAACGUACACUCGAAGCGACUUUUCCGUUGCCUGGUUGGCACCUGAGCUACUGCGGGGUGAGCCUCGAAGUGAACAAGCGGAUGUGUACUCCCUAGGUGUGCUGUUUACUGAACUGGACACGUGUGAGCUUCCGUUCGCAUCGGGUGUCGAUAUGGACGAUGGAAUGGACGAACAAAGUCAACUGGCUUUGCUCGUUAGCUCAGGCUGUAUUCGUCCUUCGCUGUCGAUGGACUGUCCAGUUCAGAUCCAGGAGCUUGUGAUGCGGUGCUUGAGCUUCUCGCCGGAUCAACGUCCUCCUGCAAUCGAAGUGCAACACACACUACGGAAACUUAUCAACGGCACCAGCGUUUGCGAAUCAUCACAAGUUUCGCUGCCGUCCAAUGUGUCAUCUCUUCGCAGUACACCAGGGAAUGCCACACUCAACACACUCUUCACACCGUGUUGAACUUGUUACUGCCAAGACAAAGAAGCCUAUCAACCUUUUAUUCUGUGUAAAUAGUAACCACCUCAGUACACUAUUCGUCAACUGAUCAUCCUCUUAGCAUUUAACGGGUUGAGCGGCGAUAUCCCAGAAAGGUAUUG